AUGACAAAUACUAAAUCCCCUGUUAAAACUAGAGGACAAGCUCCUGCUUCAUCCUCUAAAGCAUCGGAUCUCCUGAAACCUUCCUCGAAUGGCACUGGUUUCAAGUCUACUGUCGCUGACCCAAAGUCUGAGCUUCUGCGUAAAAAACAGUUAGCCACGGCUACGGCUCGCCAACUCGUCCCCUCUCCUGAGGCUUCCUCUGUCACUUUGGUCACUACCUCCAAGCUACCAAAGAAGAUCACUACAAGUCCAGAACUCUCCCAAGAAUCUGAAUUUGCUAAUGCAACUUCGAGAACAAAACCGCCGCUUCGAUGA